AUGACUUCUUCAGGCAUCUCAUCAGGCGCACUCAACGCCAAUAUGCAAAAUGGGAACAUGCCAGGACAGGGACAGCCAGUAGUCAUGGACGGGGCUCCUUUGAAACCCUCCAUUACUCGGUGGGAAACUGCACGGGAGGGAGACGAUCAGGCCGUUGAGAAUGUGUCUCCUCCAAUGGGACAGUUGCUCACUGGCAAGCAAGAGCACUACCUGAAGCGAGAGCUCGUCUCUAUGGAAGUCUUUGCUGAGAUACAAGAGCUCAACACACCGACAGCAUUGCAAAGAUUUGGUGCACCCUUCAGAUCGCCUUUAGGAGAAGUCUCCCCAGUCGAUUCCGAACUACCCAUACUGCGUUACAUCUUCGUCCACCAUGUUCGCAAUUUCCCCUUCCUUGACAAAGCCAAGGAGAAAGAGUUCUGGCAAGACAAGGUACAAAUCUUUCUCGAGUCUUUCGCAAGUAAAUAUAUUUCAUCCUCGGAAGACAGAUUGGAGGAGACCAAAAGACGGAAGCUAGCAAAGAAGGCCCACAAGUUGGUCGAGCUGAUGAUGGUUUCCGGCAUACCCACUGCCUCUGGUUAUGAGGAGCGUAUCAAGUUCGCAGAGAUGGAAGUAGUAGACAGAGGUGCCAACGAGCAGGGGUUGAUCGCCAAUAUGCCAGAGGGUAACUACAUCAAUGGCUGGGACAUCAAUGUUGCAGGUGUCAGGACUACAUCUGUCAAGCGUAGGGUGCGAUACCAUCAGCAUUCUGAAUUUCUCAUCCGUGUCAAAAAGCCUGAUCAGCCAGAGUACUAUAUCGGCAGGAGAUUUGGAGAAUUUGCUGCCAUGCACAAGCAGUUGCGAACCGAAAUGCCUGGCAAAGUACUUCCACCUCUGCCACGCAAGAACAAGUCAAGCACGUUUGCGACUCUGGGCGGAGACGAUGACAGUGACGCAUCUUCGGUAUCUUCUGUCUCUACCAUGGACACUACGCACACCGAAGGCCACUCGUCGUCGAGGAAUCUGCUUUCCCACCGACGCUUCAAGUCCGGUUCCAGUAGGCGGAGUAUUGGCGAUCUAUCGUCAGGAGCAUCGCCUCGUGGUAGCUCCGCGAGCAGCCGUGCCCCAAGUCCAGCACCAAUACGCCUGCAUCGGGAGGACCAGCGAGUUUCCCUGAGAGCUUUCCUGAGAACAAUGCUUCAGAAUCCUUACAUCGCCGAUUCGAGAGCGAUAAAAGACUUCCUAAACGCAAGACCUAUCAAGCUCAACGAGGAAGAACUUCAAGAUGUCGAAAAUCGUAAAGAGAUGGAUGCAAGACGCCUAGAGGAACAGCAGCAAUUCUACGACAUCGCCCGAAAACGUGCUGCGGAGCUCGAUGUGUACAUGGAAAAGUUUCGAAGGAGUAUUGUCGAGGCAAACGGACUCUCAAAAUUAUUCGCAGAGAUUCGACAGAAAGACAAGAUACAAGAUCUCAGCCCUGAAUAUCAGAAAUUCGCGGAGUGGCUACGAAUAGAGAUUGCAGCCACCAUCUACCACCUUUUCCUUGCGGAAGACAACUCGCCAGAACUUUUCGCACAAGCAAAACAGAUACAUUCAUUGCUGCCCUACACAGUCAUGAAGAACGUCAUCCGCAUUGCAAAUCCUGCAGCUGUCAUGUCAGGGGUUCUGGACCUUUUCUUGGCCCAACCUUUUGGCACGAGAUCAUUGCUCCAGAGGAUAUUUUCCACGACACUACACAAUGGUAUUCGUACUCAGCAGAAGUCCGUGGAUGCUGUCGCUUCAACUGUAGGCGAGUCUAUCUUUGUCCAAAAGUUGCAAUCGUUCGUCGAUGCUCCAGAGGACAUCAAGAAUGAAAUCCGGGCAGAAGCAGAGAGCGAGACUGUCGACUCAGUGGUUGUGAUAUUACGGUCAGACCACUUCGAGCCCCCACUAACUCCACCUCAGAUUCAGAAGAUAUUCAAUGCUUACGUUGCUUGGAACAGCGCGGUCGAGAACGUCGAUGUCGAACUCAAACAGGGAGCGGAGGAAUUCUCCAAAUUGAAGCAAUUACUGAAGCUCAUGACAAGGAAACGGGACAAGCAGAUGAUGGCGCAGAUGAUAGAGGAGCCGACUACCUUGCAGCUGUUCCGAGACCUAUUCACUGUCUUUUACGAACCUCUUGUCAGAGUGUAUAAGUCAGCAAAUGUUUAUAACAGCAUUACAGACUUUGCUCAGUUCGCGGAUGAUGCGAUCAAAACCGUGGAAACAGCACAACGGCAGGAUGUGUCGGCGGACCCAAACCAGACAGUGCAAUCAUUCAUUGAUUUGUGCCAGCGACACGAACACAAUUUCUACAAAUUCGUGCAUGAAGUGCAUGUUCAUGACAAUGGGCUCUUCGGCGCGCUCAUGGGCUGGAUCGAAGAGAUUCUCGAUUUCCUGCGGAAGGGUCCGAAAGGUGGCAAGCUCGAUAUGAAUGCCAUAUUCCGUGGAGCGCUUGACAUGAGACAAGUUGACAAGGAAGCAUGCAUUACCGAAAUCGACUCAUUGAUUGCAUGGCAGGAAGCAAGAAAGAAAUGGCACUCGGACAAGACCAGACAAAAGAUGGCUGCCGAGGGCAACAACCCGACGACCAUACCAGGAGUUGCUUCCUUCAAGAGCAGCGAUUUUGGAUUGCAUGAAGCUGACCUUGCCGAGCUCAACAUGGAUGACGAUGAAGACAUGGACAGUGAAGAGGAAGAAGCCGAAGACGACCUUGACCCCAUUGCCGCUGAACGAAGACGACGCAGCAGACAGCAGGAUCGCUUACGGCGUAGUGCUGGGGAGCCGGAGAAGCCUCCUAUACAAGAAAUACUGAAAAUGCAGCCUGCCUUCCUGGCUAUGCUGAGGACUGUGCUGGCCGACUGA